AUGGACAUGGAGAAGUAUAAACAGCUGGGGAUUCGUGUGUAUAACUGUGUGUCUUAUUCCGAGGCGACGGCCGAGCAUGCCCUCCUGUUAAUCCUAGCUACGGCCAGGGAUUUUAUCAAAAAGGUACAAGAAGUCAAAACUGCAGUGAAAUGUGUCGGUAGUAUGACAGACCCCGCUCCUGGACUGUCUGGAUCCACCCUCGGCGUGAUAGGCCUGGGCAAAAUAGGAACUAAAGUCGCCAAGUGCGCUCGGAUCUUCGACACGCGCAUUGUAUACUACAACAGGCGGGCCAGAGAUUCCAGGCUGGACGACGAGGACGGUUUUGUCUACGCCUCCUCAUUGGCUCUUCUGCUCCAAGAAAGUGACUACAUUCUGGUCACAUGUCCUUUAACAGACGAAACGAGGCUAAUGAUUGGCCGGGAGCAAUUCAAAAUGAUGAAAUCUUCAGCGGCCAUCGUUAACGUCGCAAGAGCCGAAAUAAUAGAUCAAGAUGCAUUGCUGGAUGCCUUGCAGAGGGGAAAGCUACGAUCUGCCGCUUUGGAUGUCACCAGUCCGCCAGUUCUUCCCACGGGUCACCCACUUUUGAGCCUCCCCAAUGUCAUCAUCACAAACCAUUGUGGUUAUUGUACACAUAGAUCCAUAGAAAAUGUCUUCCGGGAAGCUGUGUACAAAGCCUUGGAUGGCUUGACAGAGAUCAACGCCAUGUAG